AUGUCGCCUCCCGCGGUACCCGCGGAGGGGCCCGUCCCGGCGGCGGUGGACGGCGCGGACGGAUGGACCGCGUGCUUCCGCGACUGCUGCAGGUCCGACCGCGUCAACCUCGCGGUGCCAAAGCACGAGUUCGCGGCGAAGCUUUUGCCGAUCCACGACGGCCCCGCGAGCGCGGUGUUCCUCGGAAGGUUCGGCGAUAAGGCGGUCGCGGUGAAGAAGCCGAAGCUCCCGACCAAGGCUGAGAUCGACCGGUACCACGUGGAGCUCCGGCUGAUGCUCUCGCUGAAUCACCCCAACAUCCUCACGCUGUGCGGCGCCCGCGCGUCCCCGCCGGAGUACUACCUACUCUUCCCUUACCAGGAGAACGGAUCGGUAUCGCGACUCGUUCACGAACAACGAUGGGCGCCGACGUGGGGCGCGGCGCUGAUCCUCCUCCAGGAGAUCGCCGCCGCCCUCGCGUACGUCCACGACCGCGGCAUCGUCCACAGGGACAUCAAACCCGCGAACGUGCUCAUCGGCGCCGACUGGGUCGCGAGGCUCGCCGAUUUCGGCCUCGCCGAAGACGAAACAGCGCUUCGCGAGUCGCUGCAGGCGUCCAUCUACCAAACAGAGGAUGCGGAGGGCAAGGCGGUGGCGGGGCGGUACGUGGGCACUUGCCGGCAGGGCACCGCGGCGGCGCCGUCCGGUGGGUUCCAGAAGCAGCACAUGGUGGGCACGUUAGCGUACAUGGCCCCGGAGGUGUUGAUGCGCCGGGUACCUGGCUUCCCGGCGGAUGUCUACGCCUUCGCGAUUGUAACGGCGGAGGUUUGCACCGGCACGGCGCCUUACGCGGACAGGGCGCGAAACGUCGCGCUCGCGCACACGGUCCUGGAUUUGAGCUACAACGAGGCGGACCUCGCCAAGGCGAUCGCGAGCGAGGGAUUGAGGCCGUCGCUUCCCGGGGAGGCUGGGGCGGCGUACUUUGGCGCGAGAGAAUCGGAGGAUGGCGACGACCCGCUCGCGUGGGCGCCAUCCGCCGAGAAGCUUCGCGCGGCGGUCGAGCGCGGCUGGAGCGCCGACCCGAACGCGAGACCCACUUUUAUCGACGUCCAGAGGGAUCUAGACGCGAUCGCCGAAUCGUAUCGGGCCUCGGGCGGGCGCCUGGCGAGGGUGUGGCGCCCGCCGAUUGGCGGAGUCGGACAACCUCGGGCUUUCGACGACCUCGCGAGUGUGCACAGCUGGCCCCGCGCCGCUCCGGAGCGCGCCGGCACCUACCCCGCGCGCUUCCCGCCGAUGACGAACAGAGCGCGGGUGUGCAACGCGGGAGUGUUCAGCACGUGCGGCGCGCGAGGCGCGGACAAGAUGGAGGACCGGCACGUCGUGUGCAACGCCGUCGAAGGUAUCGAAGGAGCGCACCUGAUCGGAGUCUUCGACGGGCACAGGGGCGCGGAGUGCGCUGAUUUCGCGUCUAGAAACAUCGCCGCCGCGUUGACGUCCACGUGGCACGCGCACGGCGAUCCGGGCGAGGCGCUGCGGGAGGCGUUCACGUCGGUGGACGCCGCGUUCGUGGACGCGUUCGAGCGGUCGCGAUCCUCGGAUCGUUCGGGAGUCGGAGCGCGUUUCCCCGGCUGCACCGCGUGCGUCGCGCUGGUGCUGGGCGACGUGGCGUACGUGGCCAACGCCGGGGACUGUCGCGCGGUGAUGUGCGUGGACUAUGACUCCGACGCGCACGUCGCCCUCACGCGGGACCACGCCGCGGAUACCAACGAGGACGAGCGGUUACGAAUCGAAAACGCCGGUGGUUCGCUUCGGCUCGUACCCAACGGCAGGGGCGGGGACACGUGGCGGGUGGGCGCCGCCGGGCUGGCGGUGACGCGCGCGAUGGGUGACGCGGACUGCAAGCGGGACGGCGUGACCGCGAUGCCGGAGGUGACGAAGGUGGACCUGACGCCGGCGCACGAGUACCUCGUCGUCGCGUGCGACGGGCUGUGGGACGUGGUGAGCGACGAGGAGUGCGUCAAGAUGAUCAAGGACACGGUGAAGGAGCCGAACAUGUGCGCCAAGCGGUUGGGGAGCGAGGCGCUGACGCGGAUGAGCGGGGAUAACAUCACGGUCAUAGUGGCGUUCCUGAAGGACCUCGCGACGUCCGAGAAGGUGACGUGGGAGCGCGCGUUCACCACCAACGCCAUCUGA